AUGACCCAUGGGCAGUGGGCUGAGGUGUAUGGUGGCUCCCCCCUGGCGCCUCACUCCUGCAGCAAUCCGGAGGAAAACCCAGAAUCCCAGCAACAGGAGCACUGUUGUGUAAACACAGAUUGUGCUAUCAUGCAGCGUUCCCCCAGUGAAUCCACCUGUUUCAUCUGCACGGACUGUUUUACAGACCCUGUCACCAUAAGCUGUGGGCACAGAUUUUGUAGUCCCUGUCUCUGCCUCUUAUGGGAAGAUGCCCAACCAUCUGCUUGCUGCCCUACGUGUAGGACAGUAUCACAGAAAAUGGACUUCAAAAGCACUAUUUUUCCUAAUAAACCAAAACCAGUUGUCUACCAGUUACAAACCUCUGCGAUGCAGGUCUGUAGGAGUCACCAGCAACUCAAGAAUUUCAUCUGUGAAACUGACAAGAGCCUACUGUGUUUGCUGUGCUCUCAAUCCCCAGGGCAUGCCACUCACAGACACUGUCCAGUAAAGGAGGCUGCUGAGUAUUACAGGGAGUUUCUCCUGAUGCAAAUGAAGUCUAUUUGGAAAAAUAAACAGAAAAAUAAGAGAAAUCUAAACAGAGAGACCAACAUAAUCAGAGCAUGGGAGGGUUUUGUAAAUCUGCGGAUGGUCAUGAUCAGGGCUGAAUAUCCUAAGGUGUAUCAAUACCUCCAUGAAGAAAAGCAAAAACAUUUAGAGACCCUGGCAAAGGAAGGCAAGAUAAUUUUUCAGCACCUCAAGAGAAGUGAAGCAAGAAUGGCUGAGAGGGGGAUACUCCUGAAAGAAAUGUAUGAGGAGCUGAAGAAAAUGUGCCAUAAAGCUGAUGUGGCCCUGCUCCAGGAUUUGGGAGACAUAAUAAAAAGGAGUGAGUUAGUGCAGCUGUACAUGCCUCAGCCUGUGAACCCACAGCUCAGUGCAUGGUCCAUCACAGGGAUGUCAGAAAGGCUUAACUUCUUCAGAGUAUAUAUUACCUUGGAUCACAAGAUAGGCAGUUAUCACGUGCCUCUCUUUGAAGACCUGAGACGUUUGCAAGGCAGCCCUGACUAUCCAAACAUGCCUCAUAACCCGGCAAGUUCAGAGUAUGCUCCUUCAUGGGGAGCUCAGACCUUCACCUCUGGCAAACAUUACUGGGAGGUAGAUGUGGGAAACUCUUGUAAUUGGGUUGUAGGACUUUGCAGAGAAUCCUGGACAAGGAGGAAUGACAUGCGACUAGACUCUGAGGGCAUCUUUCUACUUCUUUGUGUCAAGGUGGAUGACCAUUUCAAUCUCUUCUCUACUUCCCCAUUAUUACCUCACUAUAUUCAAAGGCCUCAGGGCUUCUUAGGGGUGUUUCUGGAUUAUGAAUGUGGUACAGUAAGCUUUAUUAAUGUUGCCAAAAGUUCCCUCAUUUGUAGUUUUCUCUCAUGUUUCUUCUGUUUCCCUCUCAGACCUUUCAUUUGUUAUGGACCCAAAUGA